AUGCCACUGGGUUGCUUCAAGAGAGCAUCUCGGCUUGUGCUGCUGGCCGUUGGCGUCGGUGCAAUCCUCUCCUUCCUCCUCCUACACCAUGCCCUCUCCCCAAGCAUCGCCUCCCCAGAGAGAAUAAAAGACGCCGCCGACACUGUCGACCACUGCGAGCUAUCGAAGAAUAACACAAAUCCCCGGAUACCGAACAAGAUCCAUCAAAUAUGGAAGGACAAGGACCUUUCCACCUAUCCUCUCACGGCGUCGACGGGUGCCUGGGAGUCCAAGUUCGAAAACACAAACUACACGAUAAGGCUUUGGACAGAGGCCGACAUAGUAAACCUGGUCAAGUCUUCCUACCCGUGGUUCCUGUCAACAUACGAAUCCUACAAGUACAACAUUCAACGCGCCGACGUUGCUCGCUUGAUGGUCGUCCACCACGAAGGCGGCAUCUACGCCGACCUGGACGCCUAUCCCUCGCUCGACACCUCGGCCGAGACCAUAUCCUGCCUCCAGAACCUCGGAUACCAGGCCAUCCUCGCGCCCACCAGCGAGGAUAGGGGCAUCAGCAACCACUUCUUCAUGGCCGAGCGCGACUCCGAGUUCCUCCUGUGGGCGCUGCACGAGGCCAAGAAGCGCGCGGGCUCCCUCUCCGGACGCUUCAUGCUGCCCUACGUCGUCGUCUUCUGGUCGACGGGCCCCCUGAUGAUCACGUCCGUCAUGAACCAGUACGCCUGGCUGUACAACCAGGCCUCGGAAAUCAAAUCCAUGGCGGUGCUCAAGGACUCGUUCCUCCACGGCUUCGUGCACCACGCCGCUGGCCGAUCUUGGCAUGGCUCGGACGGCCGUGCUCUAAAUUACAUUGCGGACCACUUUACAGAGGUCAUCGCCCCUGUUUUGCUUUUCCUUGUUGCUGCCGCCACCGCCAUCGUCGUCGCGCGGCGCUGGGGACAGAUUCGUCCACGCAUUUACAAUAUUAUCCGCCCAUCACAAGUAUAG